UCCCAUCAUACUCCUCUGUCUUUCCUUCAGACCAGUGGGUUCCUGCCUCUGAGUCACGGGGCAGCUCAGCCGGGUGGUGCAGUAGGACCCUGAGGUGCACCAGCAGCAGUACAGGCAGUGAGCAGGCGUGAGGGAGGAGUCUGAAUGGAAACCAAACAACCCUCCACACCCUGCAGUGACUGGGAAGUUCCUCCGCAUUCCUGCCCUACACACUCACUCACACACACACACACACAGGCAGAGAUCUGGGAGGAACCACACACUGAGGCUGGGAGUUUGGAGGGGGUGUGGGCCGCUGUAGGAACCUCAUCAUCAACGUCCUGCCAGUGUCACCAUGAGCAAGGCAGGAGGUGAUGAAGGUCAAGGAGCUGGUGGCCGCGGCAGUGAAAAGGCCCGGCAGCCGGAGGACCAGACUCCCGGGGGAAAGGUCCCGGGCAAACCGGGCGCCGCCACCAACGGACCGGGCUGGACCAAGGUCGGCUGCCCCUGCUGCGUGUCGGAGCGGGUGGAGCCGCUGGUGCUGGUGAAGCUCGGGGAGAAGGUUCGGCCGGAGACGAAGAGGUGGCUCAUCCGACUGAUCGGAACUUCUCAGAAAGAUGGAGGCGCUGGGUUACUGGCCCACCCGGGGGAGGACGCCGGCGGUGACAUCAUCGUGGUCUCCGCCCCUCGCUGCACGCUGCUGCGAGCCACCGAGGAGCUGGGUCUGUGUAAAGCUUACGGCACCGGGGACAUGGAGGCCUUCUCCUACAACGACAGACACAACUUCAAGGACUCAGACAACAUGGAGGUGUUCCUGACGCUGGCGGAGCGACAGUACAUCGUGAAGUACGAGCUGGACGGUCUGCGAGCGCAGAAAGACCUGAGGGUCCCGGGUCUGUCGGACUCCUGCAUGCUGCAGAACAGGAACAACAUCUGGCAGAAGCUUGAGUCGGCCGGUGUGAUCAUAGACACGUUUCCCCUUCACAACCCGGAGCAGCUGAAGGAUCUCAGCAAAGCCUGGUACGCUGGCAAUCAGCUGGGUCAGCCUUUGGAUUCGGUGAACUCGUACUUCGGAAGCUCCGUGGCGUUCUACUUCAGCUUCCUGGAUUUCUACACCUGGUCUCUGCUCCCACCAGCGAUCCUGGGCCUGACCCUCAUGUACUUCUCAGGUGAGGUUCAGAAGGAGAUGGUGGACUCGGACUCGGGGUCACAGGUCACGGACGAAGGCGAAGACUCGGCCAGCGGUCACAUGAUCCAGGCGGUCUUCAGCAUGCUCUGGUCCACGGUUUUCAUGGAGCUGUGGAAACGCAGGAGCUCCUCGCUCUCGUACCGCUGGGGGACGCUGCAACUCGCCGAGCGCUUCGCCGAGCCCCGGCCCGGCUUCCACGGUGACCUCGGGGUCAACCCGGUGACCGGGCGCGUGGAGCCGCUCUUCCCCGACUGGCAGAGAGACCUGCGCAUUGCACUGGUGUCACUCCCAGUGGUCGGGCUGUUUCUGGGGCUGGUGGUUCUGGGGAUGCUCUGUUUCUACUGGGCAGAAGCUCAGGUGCAGCAGCUGAACAGAGACUGGGACUCCAUGCUGUCCCUAAUGUUGCUCUACGUGCCCUCGGUGCUUCACAUCCUCUACACCAACAUGCUGGGGACUGCUUACAAGAAGGCAGCACAGAACCUGACUGAAUAUGAGAACCACAGAGAGGAGUCGUCCUUCGAGAAGCAUCUGACGUCCAAAGUGUUGGUGUUCACCUUCUUCAACUACUUCGCCGUGCUCUUCCACAUCGCCUUCUUCAAGCAGGAUGUGCCUUUGCUUCGGAAGCGUCUGGCGUCUCUGCUGAUCGUGACCCAGAUCCUCAACCAGGUGACCGAGGUGGUGGUACCCUUCCUGGUGGACCGCUUCAUCAGCGCCCCCCACAGGGCGGAGAACGAAGACGACUCUCAGGAGGACAAAUUCAGGAAACAAAGCACCCUUCCUGUUUUCCCUGGCCUGUUUGCCGAGUACAUCGAGCUCCUGGUGCAGUUCGGGUACCUGAGCCUCUUCUCCUGCGUCUACCCUCUGACCGCCGUGCUGCUGCUCAUCAACAACCUGACGGAGAUCCGAUCCGACGCCUACAAGAUCUGCAAGCUCUUCCGAAAGCCCUUCUCCCCCCCUGUGGCGUGCAUGGGCGUGUGGCAGGUCGCCUUCGAGGUCCUGAGCUUCGUCUCCGUCGUGUCCAACUGCUGGCUGCUGCUGCUGUCCCCACGGCUCCAGCAGCUGCUACAGGAGGGGGGGCUGAGCACCACCAACAUCCUGAUGUUGGCUGUUCUGGUCGAGCAUUUGCUGAUCCUGGUGAAGCUCAUCAUGUCGGUUCUGAUCCCAGAUGAGCCGGACUGGAUCCGAAGGAAGAGGGAGCACAUCGAGUUCACGUCCAUGGAGGCUCUGAAGCAGCAGAAGCUGCAGUCUGACGAGUGAUGAUUGUGUGUCGGUGUCCGGUCGGUGCUUUGUGCUUCAACCACAAGAUACAGUACGACUCCUCAGUGUUGUGUUGACCUGCAGACACAACAAUACAAGCGGCUGUAGCCUGAUCCUACCUGUGUGUAAACUUUAAACUCUCUGUGCUUUCUAAUGAGCAGAGAGAUUCUGCAGCGUUCACACUUUGUAAUGCACCUUUAUUCACUCUACACACAGACUGCAAGUGCAAUUAAAACAGCUGUUUAAAGGGUUUCCCCCGGAUGUUACACAGCAAGUGGAAUGUAGAGGUGGUUUGUAAAUGUGGCCUCUGAAAAGACGAUGUGAGGAUACAGGAGGGUUUGUUCAGAUUCAAUAUUUGUCAAUAUUUAGGGCCUGACAGGAAAUAGUAUUUAAUGUGACUGUGCUUGACAAAAUGUUCCUUUGUUUGCUCAGUGCUUCCACCUCGUGGUGAAACGCAGCUAGUGCUCAGGAUCUAUCAUCAGAGGACAGUAUCGUCAUUGGAGGGAUGAUCACAACAAACCCUCUACAUAUGUCAAUAAAAGUCUGUAUUAAUAUGGGUCAUAUAAAUUAAAAGUCACACGAAUAGAUAACUAGAGAGGCAAACUCUUUAAAAUUUAUAAUUUUGUAAUUUAUGUUAUGGGUUUUGUGCAAUUUUACAAAUUGUCCUGAUUUGACUCUAAAAAAUCAUAUUUUAUUUUGUCAUGAAUUCUUCUCCGAUUGAUGAAACUGUCCUUCUCUUAUUUUUCCUGACCUAAUCACACGAGCUGUGACAAUAGGAACAAGCUUAAUAUUAAAAAAUAUAAUCUGUAAAUUAAAGCAAACACAGUCGAUCAUGUGCCAAGAUUUAAGAUUUGCCUUGAACUCGAUGGCAGAGCAACCAAAGCUUUGUUAUUAGAAAUAUAUAAUUUUGUACACGUGUGGAUUUCAGUUUGUGCUCACUGCUGUGCCUCUGACGUCACUGUGCUGCGGUGACUAAUCACUUCCUGAACACUUGGUGUCGUUCACUCCUCUUUAUUUGAAUUAUUACACGACGUGGCACCAUUUCUUCCAUACUUGCUGAACAGUGCUGUGGUUGUUCUUUGUAUUGUCUAAGUUAUUGUUGUUAGGAGUUAGUGUUCCCCGUCCAGCCACCAGGGGGCGCUGUGCACCUUUUAAUUGUAUUUAACAUGCAACCUCCCACCAGCCCUGGUGGCUGCAGAGACACUGAUUCAGCAAAGAUGCAGAGUGAUGGUGAGAUGCACUCAGUCGGCCACAGCCUAUACUUCCACUAGUGGCACUUAUUGUAAACCUGUGUGUGUGUGUGUGUGUGUGUGUGUGUGUGUGUGAGGGUGCGUGUGGGAAUGAAGAUAUUGGAUCAGGAUUGUAGGUCAGAAACAGGUGUUUGCUGGUUGUGCUAAAAUAAAUACACAAAGGGUAAA